AAUGGUGAUGCUACCUCUCCAGCACUCGUAGGCCGCCACAAUUAUGCGCUUCCAUUUCCACUUCUCUGAGACCAGACAGCUCGAGUCUUUAUCCGUCGCCCCCACUUGACCCCUCUCGCCACUCCCUCCCCUCCAUCAACAAUUCGGUUUCUUGGGUGAUUUUUUUUCUUGCUUGCUCGGUUUCUUGUGGGGCGGGCCGCGAACCGGCGAGGCGGGGGCGCGGGGCAACGCAAAGCAGCGCAGGGGCAACGCAGUGCAGCAAAAGCUUCGAUCUUUAUCCGCCGGAUUCCUCUCCUCCCCUUUCCUCUCUCUCCGUCUCCCCGCUUGCUUUGUGCUUCGUUGUUGAGAGGAGGGGAGAGGAGGGGAGACCCACAUCCACUUGCCUUUCUCCUCUCUCCUCUCGCAGCCCCCCUUCCAACUCCUCCUGGUCCCUGGAAAAAGGAGACCUUUUGGUGCAAGAUUCGAUCUGCUGUGGCUGCCUCGACCUUGCUGCGUGCGCGGAGAUUUGGUUUCUUGGCUGGCGCGCGCGGGCAGUUGGAGCUCUUUGAUUCAACAGGUUCAGAUUGCAGCGGCGAGCGACUGCUCUGCGGUCGAGGCUGCUGCUCGCCGGGUGAUUCCGUGCCCGCUCUUGGUGGCGGCGGGCGGUGUCCUCGUCUGAUCCGUUUCUUCGGGAGGCUUUGGUUGAUGUGCUGGGUUUCCUCGGAGCUCAGUUCCCCAAUUCGCCAUUUUGAUGAGGAGCUCUUCCCACUGUGAGAGCUACUGCGCUCCUCCCCUGUGCUACCUCCCCUGCCUCCCCAAAUCCAAAGACGUUGCAGUCGGUGACCCGGAGUCCGGGUCCCCGAGCCCUGCCGCUGUCGCCGAGGACAAGCCGCCCGUGGUCCAGAAGAUCGAGGAAUCUGUGGCGGCAACCGGCGGCGAUGGCGUCGGUGAUGGUGACAAGUGCUAUCGGGAGGUGGCGGUGGCUCCCAAGAGUUGCUUGAAGAGGGCUAAUUGCGAGGACAGCAGUAAGAAUGCGGUGAAAGGCAAUGUGAAGUGGAAGGAUUUGCUGGGGAAGGAUCUCACGCUCACGCAGGUCAAGGAAUUCGAGCCAAGCGAAUCUGGAGACUCAGACGACGAAGAGUACGCUGGCGCCUGCGCCUGCGUAAUCCAAUGAGGCCAGGGAUCUUUAGUGUAAAUUCUGUGAAGAAAAAAAAUCAAAACAAACAAACAGAACGCUCUCAGUCAGCCAUUAGUCCUGGUCAGUAGAGGGUAGGGAGCAGCUGUGUUGGUAAUUGGUAUGUGGAUGCCAUGGCUCGUGUUGUGUUCUGUCAGCAGCUUCAACUGUAAAAUGUUGUUACAAAUGCAUAGCUUUAGAAGAUAUUAUUAUUAUCUGCCAAAUGUGAUAUGUUCUCCUGUCUG